AUGAGGCAAGAAUACAAAUGGGGUCACUUCCUCGCGGGCGUCUCCGACGUCGACACGUUCGCACUGGUGCUGGAAAGCAGCGGCAGCAGCGACAGCAGCAGCAGCAGCAGCAGCAGCAGCAGCAGCAGCAGCAGCAGCAGCAGCAGCAGCAGCAGCAGCAGCAGCAGCAGCAGCAGCAGCAGCAGCAGCAGCAGCAGCAGCAGCAGCACCGGGGAGGCUCGCGAUGGCGACAGACGCGCGCCCCCGAGUGCGGCGCCGCGGGCAGCAAAGGCGGCGGUGCUCGCUGCGCUCGGCCCCGCUCUCGCACAGCACCAGGCCCUGCUGGGCUUUGUCAAGUGCGAGAUCAAGAUUGUCCCUGUGCCUGCCGCCUCCGCCGCCGGCCGCGCCCUGCGGCGCGCGAUCGCCCGCGGCGGCGGCGCCGCGGCGCCCUCGCUGCUUUUUGCGGGCGCCUAUGGCCCCUUGUCCGGCGGUGAAGCAGCCCACCGACACAGGAGGAGCGGCGACAGCGGCAGCGGCGGUGGCAGCAGCAGCAGCAGCGGCAGCGAUGGCGGCGGCGGCGGUGGCGGCGGCGGGGGCGCUGCAGGAUGGCGGCUGCGCCCGCACGUCGCGCACCGCAUCCCCAUGGCAUUCGAGCUUGCGAGCCAGUCUGUGGCGCUGUGGGGCCUCGACCUGCCGGCCCUCAUGCCCGACACGGCCGCGCUGCCCGCGGCGCGGCUGCCGCCGUCGCUGGCGGACGAUGUGGAGGCGGCGAGGGGCGCGGCGGCGGCGCCGGGCGCGGGGCCGGCCGAGCAAGGCCGCGCGGCACGCUGGGCGCUCAAGCGCUGCAUCAGGGCCGCCUUUGAGGUCGCGCAGCCCCGCGCCGGCGUCGACACCCGGGACCUCUUCUGGUGUGUGGAGCACGCCGCGGCGGCGCUUCCCAAGCUGGCGCCGCUCCUGCAAGAGGCGCUGCGGCUGUACGUGCUGCUGGCUGACUCAGACUCUGAUCAGGAGCCAAUCAGCGGCAGCGGCAGCAGCGGCCGAGCCGCCAUCAUGCGCUGCCUGCUGGCAGGCAGCAGCAGCAGCAUCCGCAGCGGCAGCGGCAGCGGCAGCGACAGCGGCGGCGGUGGGGAGGGCGCCGCUUGGCGGGACUGCGGCUGGUCGGCGCCGGGGGCGCCUGGGCCUUGGUACGAGGCGCAGCAGGCAGCAGCGGGCACACAGGGCGGCGGCUGGGCCGCCGCGGUGCGGGGGCUGCCAUCAGAGCAUCCCGUUAUCCUCAAGGGCGCCGCGGCCGCCUGGCCGGCGGCGCGGGACUGGACGCCCGAAUGGCUGUGCGCGCGGCCGGGGUUUGGGGGCAAGGUGCGGGUGGCGCCUUCCCUGCAGUUUCCGUUUGUGGAGCCGGUGCUGGCGGACCUCCUCACCCAGGCCAAAGGCCCCGCGGCGGCGCCGAGCGCACAGGCGCCGCGUGCCUGGAUCGGCCCCGCCGGCGCGGUGUCGCCGCUGCACUUCGAUUCGUCCCACUCCUUCCUGGUGCAGCUGCGCGGCGCCAAGCGCAUGCUGUUCCUGGACCCUGACCAGCUGCCGUGCAGCUACCCGUACCCGGACACCCACCUUCUGCGGCGGCGUGCGAGCGUCAACCCGGCAGACCCUGACUACACCCGCUUCCCCCUGGCCCGCCGCCUGCGCUUCAUGGAGGCCCUGCUGUCACCCGGUGACGCCGUGUUCUUCCCGGCGCACUGGCUGCACCACACGGAGUCACUUGACGAGUCCGUGUCGGUGACGUGCCGGUUGGUGGCCGGCGCGGGGUGA